AUGGCGGAGGGCGGCGGUCCGCACGGGCGGGCCGGGCCGGGGCCCGCAGGUCCCAAUCUGAAGGAGUGGCUGAGGGAGCAGUUUUGUGACCAUCCGCUGGAGCACUGUGGGGACACGAGGCUCCAUGAUGCAGCCUACGUGGGGGACCUCCAGACCCUCAGGAGCCUGCUGCAAGAGGAGAGCUACCGGAGCCGCAUCAACGAGAAGUCUGUCUGGUGCUGCGGCUGGCUCCCCUGCACACCGCUGAGAAUCGCGGCCACCGCGGGCCACGGGAACUGUGUGGACUUCCUUAUCCGGAAAGGGGCCGAGGUGGAUCUCGUGGACGUAAAAGGACAGACUGCUCUGUACGUGGCUGUGGUGAACGGACACCUGGAGAGCGCUCAGAUCCUCCUGGAAGCCGGCGCCGACCCCAACGGAAGCCGACACCACCGAAGCACCCCCGUCUACCAUGCCUCGCGUGUGGGCAGGGCUGACAUUCUGAGGGCCCUCAUCAGGUAUGGGGCUGACGUCGACGUCAACCACCACCUGACUCCUGACAUCCGGCCUCCUUUCUCCCGGCGCCUCACCUCCUUGGUGGUCUGCCCCUUGUAUAUCAGCGCAGCCUACCACAACCUCCAGUGCUUCAAGCUGCUUCUCCAGGCGGGGGCGAACCCCGACUUCAACUGCAAUGGUCCUGUCAACACGCAGGGCUUCUACAGGGGCUCCCCCGGGUGUGUCAUGGAUGCUGUCCUGCGUCACGGCUGUGAGGCGGCCUUCGUCAGCCUGCUCGUAGAGUUUGGAGCCAACCUGAACCUGGUGAAGUGGGAAUCCUUGGGCCCGGAGUCAAGAGGCAGAAGGAAGGUGGACCCUGAGGCGUUGCAGGUCUUUAAAGAGGCCAGAAGUGUCCCCAGGACCUUGCUGAGUCUGUGCCGUGUGGCCGUGAGAAGAGCUCUUGGCAAAUACCGACUCCAUCUGAUUCCCUCGCUGCCUCUGCCAGACCCCAUAAAAAAGUUUCUGAUUCAUGAGUAGAAUGCAAGUGCAGCAGUUGAUUGCAGUGAGGAGGAAGGUGAUCUGCAGUGAAAGUCGACACCGAUUCUUGCUCCCAUGAACCACAUCCUGUCUGUGCUGCUGACGGAAUCCCAUUUGGCUGUUGGUAAAGCAGAAACGGCCUUGUUCCCAUGGAUUGUAAUUCCAUCUCAGGUGCUCGGGGCAUUGGACAGUCCUGGAGUCAUUGUCUGCUGAAAAGUUCAUACAAAACUUCAUUUUGUUCUUCCUCAGUAUCUCUGUUUUGGAUUUUCACAGUAGCAAAUUCACGAAGUGGGCCUUGAGGUGUGUGUAAGUACGGGCUGAGGUUGGAGGUCUGCUAAUAGCUCCAGUGGGGAAGACUCCUAGCACUUUCCAGAACUGUGCUUCUGUUUAUAUUUUUACUUCUUGAUUUCAUUGUUUAAUUAAAGCCUUCUAAUACCUAAAUGAAAAGAGAGUUUUGGU